CACACACCGACCAGUCGACCAAAGGCAUCUGGAACCAGGAACACAGCGCUCUCGCAAACUGGAUAUGUUAACACUAACGUGAAGAUGGAUUUGGCUCAUCUCGUCCUGUGGCUCCUCACAGUUCUUGUAGAAGGCAUUGCCGGCCAAGGGGUCUAUGCUCCGCCAACUGUACGUAUCAUGCACUCUGGCCAAGCAUGUAACAUAGAGGAAGAGCGAUACACAGAGAGAGUGUACACCAUUCGAGAAGGAGAAACGCUGGAACUAACCUGCCUUGUUCGAGGCCAUCCUCGGCCACAGAUCAGAUGGACCAAAACAGCAGGAAGUGCCUCUGACAGGUUCCACGACAACAGUGUCUUCAACGAGACCCUGAGAAUCGUACGGAUCAGGCGCCACCAGGGAGGUCGAUACUACUGCAAAGCUGACAACGGCUUGAGCACGCCCGCAAUCAAGUCAAUCCGAGUAGAUGUAUACUAUUUGGAUGACCCUGUGCUGACAGUGCACCAGAGUAUCGGUGAAGCAAAGGAGCAGUUUUACUUUGAAAGAACAGUGUUCCUAAGGUGUUCCGUCAAUUCAAACCCUCCAGUCCGAUACAGCUGGCGACGGGGAAAAGAAAUUCUAUCGCAGGGAUCAGACAAGGGAGUUGAGAUUUAUGAGCCGUUUUUUACCCAGGGGGAAAUCAAGAUCCUGAAGCUGAAAAAUCUUCGACCCCUGGAUUACGCUAACUACAGUUGCAUUGCGUCAGUCAGAAAUGUGUGCAAUAUCCCUGACAAGAUGGUUGCCUUCAAGCUCAGCAAUUUCACAGCUUCCCCUUCCAUAAAGCUGCUGAUUUCUGAUCAGAUUGUGGCUAACCCUGGGGAUUCGGUGUCCAUGGUCUGCGUGACGACAGGAGGAGACCCACCUCCCACUCUAACCUGGAUCAAAGCCAUCGGCCCUCUUCCCGACAGGAGUACUCUGAACGCUGGAAGCUUAACGUUGCACUCCAUCAACCCGGAGGACGCCGGGAUCUACAGCUGCCUCGCCAACAACAAUGUGGGCAACCCUGCCAAGAAGUCCACCACCAUCACUGUGAGAGCUCUCAAAAAGGGUCGAUUCUGGAUUACGCCAGAUCCAUACCACGAUGAUGACAACAUUCAAAUCGGCCGCGAGGUUAAGAUUUCCUGCCAAGUGGAGGCCAUUCCCCCAGAAGAGCUGACGUUUAACUGGUUCAAGAACGGACGGCCCCUACGGAGCUCGGAACGAAUGGUCAUCUCCAACACGGACCCUGAUGUCUCACCAGGUACCACCAGUCUGGACAUCAUCGAUCUGAGGUUCACAGACUUUGGGACGUACACUUGUGUCGCGACUCUCAACAGUCAAGUAGUGCCUGAUAUCAGCAUUGAUGUGAACAUCUCCAGUAGUACUGUUCCACCAACCCUGUCCGUCCCAAAAGGAAGGUCACCGAUGGUUACACGAGAAGAGGAUACAGUAGAGCUGCAGUGCUUGGUCUCAGGAAAGCCCAAACCCAUUAUCCUUUGGUCCAGGUUCGACAAGGAAAAGGAAAAGGAGCUGCCUAUGCCCGAUGGCUCCAUGCAAAUGGAGAGUUAUGAUGGAUUACUACGCAUUGUCAAUGUGUCCAGGGAUAUGAAUGGGAUAUAUAAAUGCCAAACGAGUCAAUAUAAUGGAUUUAAUGUGAAACCAAGGGAAGCAGCUGUGCAGCUUAUUGUGCAAUACCCCCCCACGGUGGAACCUGCCUUCCUGGAGAUCCGACAGGGUCAAAGCAGAAGCAUUACCAUGACCUGCCGAGUCCUGAAAGCCUACCCGACCCGUGUGCUGACCUUCGAAUGGAGGCUCGGAAAUAAGAUUCUGUUAACAGGCCGAUUUGAGUCGCAAGAUUACACACAGAUUAGAGUGGACAAUCUCUCCAAAGAUAGCUAUGGGGUUUACAACUGCAGCAUAAUCAAUGAGGCUGGUGCUGGGACAUGCAGUUUCCUCGUGACAGGUAAAGCUUAUGCUCCCGAAUUCUUCUACGACACACCCAGCCCGUUAUGGCAGAACCGAGCUCGUGUAUACUCUUAUAUGCUGCAGUGGACUCAGAUGAACCCGAACGCUGUCGACCGAAUCCUUGCGUAUCGCUUAGGAAUUAAGCAGACUGGCCAGCAGCGAUGGUGGGAACAAGAAAUUUCAAUGAAUAGUAUGAUCCAGACCGGAGAGUUAAUCACACAUAACCUCACUGAACUCUUGAAACCCGAGGCCUAUGAAGUUCGUCUGACGCCCAUCACCAGGUUUGGAGAAGGAGACUCAACCAUUCGAGUCAUAAAAUACAGUGAUGCUCCCAUGACUAAUCCACAUUUAGGAGAAUUCAGCUGCGCGUUUGAAGACGAUAAGAUUUGUGGCUUCACUCAAGACCGGCUUGACAAGUUUGACUGGACGCGGCAAAGUGCAUCAACGAGGAACCCCAAGUACACCCCGAAUACAGGGCCAAGCACUGAUCGAAGUGGUUCCAAACAAGGUUUCUACAUGUACAUCGAGACUUCCCGCCCACGAGAGAAAGGCGAAAAGGCUCGGCUCUUAAGCCCUGUAUUCAGUACACUGCCUAAAAAUCCAUAUGGAUCCACUAACAGUGCGUACUGUGUCAACUUCUACUACAACAUGUAUGGGAAGCACAUAGGCACUUUGAAUCUGUUUCUACGACUAAAGGGACAAACCGUGACUGAGAGCCUCAUCUGGAGCAUGUCGGGCAAUCGAGGGGAACGGUGGAUGCAAGCAAAUAUCAAUAUCAAUCCCAGUGGGACCUUCCAGCUGAUCUUUGAAGGAAUUCGGGGGCCUGGUAUAGAGGGAGACAUCGCAAUCGAUGAUGUAACCGUCACCGAAAGCGAGUGCACGAAAGUAAACCAGCCUGUCAACAAUUUAAAAACUGGCAGCGAAGCCUCUGCAUUGAUACAUAUAUGGCUGUUGCCAGUCACCCUUCUCAUCGCCAUGUUAAGCCAUGGAAGGUGACCUUAUUUCCGACAGAGGCUGAGAAAAGAUUCAUCAGGCGUCGCACAAAGAAUGAGUCUUUAUACGUGGACCUUCGACAAUAAUUACCAAAGAUCCAUCAGCUGGCUGGAGUAUCAAACCGUAUGCGUCCUGAUGAAAGGCAUCUCGGGAGAGAGAGAGGAAAGAUGCCAGAUUCAAACACAAACCAACAACAACGAAAAUGUAUAUGUGUAAAGUGGUCUACCCUAGACACAGAAGAGUUUUUCUUUUCUGUUCCUUUCCGAGGGAUUUUAAAAAAAAUACAACUGCACCCAGAUGGACUCUGUGAAAGAGCUUUAGAAAUCUUGUCAAAGCACAAAGAUCUGGCUGGUUUUAUUACAGUUGAAUGGAGAUGCUUGUAACCAGAAGACAUAAAUUGUUGUGGCCAACUAAAGAAUUGCAAACUGAAAACAGGGUAAAAGGAGUGCUGACACUUACUCCCCUUGAGAAAUAUUCAGCAAAGCAUUAGAUAAUUGUAGGUCCUUUCCUUUGGCUGUCUACUCUGGUGUGAAUACCUGAUCUCACGACUGUCUGUAGCAAGUGUUUUGUUCCUUUCCUCCCAACCCAACCCACCCCAACCCAACCCAACCCU